AUGGCCGAUGAUCACCGCGGACUAACGGCAUUGCUAUACAGUAAACAUAUCCUCAACGCACAAGUCUCCAUUCGGUCACCUUGCUGCCGAAAAUGGUUUGACUGCGCCGAAUGCCACCAGGAGCAGGAGUCGCAUAUGCUGCAGAAGUCACAGGAGAUGGUCUUUGCGUGCAAGAAGUGCAAAAAGUGUUUCCGGAAAGAUGCGUCCGAGUUUGAAGAGAGCGACGAGUACUGCCCGCACUGCGACAAUCACUUCGUGCUCGAGGCUGUGACUCCCAAGGCGACACUACAGGUGGAAGGUGAUGAUGCACGAAUGGACAGCCGAAUGCUUAAGGAUGAUCGAGUACGAGGGGAUCAGGAGCGAUCUUUAUUCAACAUCCGAGACGCCGCUGAUCGGUUGGGCUGA